CUAUCUUGUUGCCCAUUCACCACAAAGGAAGAACUAGUAUGCUAAAUCAACUAUGUUUCUUAAAUCUUUCCUGAAUCUCUACAACAAGGCCUUAGUCCGAUCUUCUUGCUUGGUACAUUUGUACAUGUAACAACAGAAACUCUCAGACACUUGAUCUUGACAGACAGAAAGACACGAGCCAGUCAGCCACUAUGGCCUACCCGAUCCAACUACUACUAUUUUCCCACAUAUGCCUCCCACUGAUGGCUCUCUUGUUGUUUCCCAUGGUGUGUGACGCCUCCGAAGGCUCUCGCCAGAUCCGCCUGAGAUGUGGCGCUACCAGCAGUGCCAGUGAUUCUGAUGGUCGAACAUGGGAAGGGGACAGUAACUUGCGGUUAGCUGUUCCGGGCUUUUCAACCAACGCGUCAUACCUAGACCCCUCACUUCCCUCUCCAGUGCCUUACAUGACUGCUCGCAUCUUCACUUCGAAUUUCACAUAUGUAUUUGGGGUUGACCCUGGUCGCAUGUUCCUUCGACUCUACUUCUAUCCAUCUGCUUAUGGUGAACAUUCUGCUGCAGAUGCAUUCUUUAGUGUCACUGCAGGGAUCCAUAGCCUUCUAAAUGACUUCAAUCCUUCCCACACUGCUCAGGUCAUGGGACAUACUUACCUCAUACGUGAAUACUCGUUGAAUGUUACUUCAGAUGGGCUUUAUGUCACAUUUUCCCCAUCAUCACGGAGUAUUAGGUCUUACGCAUUUGUGAACGGCAUUGAGGUUGUGCCAACUCCUGACAUUUUCACGACACCGGUGCCAAGAUUUGUGAAUGGUGGGAACCCAGAUCUAGUCCGAAUUUCCUCUGACAUAGGCUUUCAAACAAUGUACCGUCUCAAUGUUGGGGGUGUGACUACCGCCGGGAAAUAUGAUUCCGGCUUUUAUCGCUCAUGGGAAGAGGACUCCCCAUAUAUUUAUGGACGUUCAGAUGGGGUGAAUUUCUUCAGAGACAGCAAUGUCACAAUCAGUUACCCGCUUAGCAUGCCAGAUUAUAUUGCACCAGUGUAUGUCUAUGAGACAGCAAGAUCCAUGGGAAGAGAUGCACAUAUCAACUUAAGGUACAACCUUACAUGGGUUUUGCCUGUUGAUGCAGGGUUCUACUACCUUUUGAGGUUCCAUUUCUGUGAGAUCCAGUACCCAAUUACCAAGGAGAACCAGAGGAACUUCUUCAUAUACAUCAAUAAUCAGACUACAGAGUCAAUGGAUGUCAUUGAGUGGAGUGGAGGAAUUGGUAUUCCGUUUUACACCAACUACAUUGUUGCCACAGUUGGUUAUGGUCAAACAGAUCUGUGGGUGGCACUCCACCCCGAUUGCAGAACCAAGCCAGAAUAUGUUGACGCAAUCCUGAAUGGCAUGGAGGUCUUCAAGCUACAAGAUAAGCGCAAUAACCUUGCUGGUGUUAACCCUAUACUCAAGUCUGAUGGUCAAGGCAAAACUGACGCUAGUAUCCUAGCAAUUGUUGGUGGAGCUAUUUCUUGUUUCCUGGCUCUGUUGGUUGUCUGUUUCUGCAUUUGUGUUAAGUACAGAGGGAAGAAAACUGUAGGUACCAAAUGGAUUCGCUGGAAUCCUCCAGAUAGACACAUGCAUCUACUAUUAACCACAUCGCACUCAAAGGAUUCCAAGCUUUGCCACCGCUUCUCGUUCAUGCAAAUUCAGGAAGCCACCAAUAACUUUGAUGCAGCCUUCCUGGUUGGUAAAGGUGGGUUUGGGAAUGUAUACCACGGUCAGAUAACGGGUGGGACGAAGAUAGCAUUCAAGCGUGGUAAUCCUCUGUCUCAGCAGGGCAUUCACGAAUUCCGGAAUGAAAUAGAGAUGUUAACCGAUCUCCGGCAUCGUCACCUCGUGUCACUGAUUGGGUAUUGUGAUGAAGGCUCCGAGAUGAUCUUGCUGUAUGAAUACAUGGCCAACAGGACACUCCAGGAGCACUUGUAUAAUACCAACAAACCACCAUUGCCAUGGGAGCAGCGUCUUAUGAUAUGCAUUGGUGCAGCACUAGGGCUGAAUUACCUGCACACUGGUGCGAAGCAGGCCAUCAUCCACCGUGAUGUGAAGACUACUAACAUCCUGUUGGAUGACAAGUGGGUGGCAAAGGUUUCCGACUUUGGGUUGUCUAAGGCUAGUACAGACAUGGAUAAAACCCAUGUGAGCACUGCCGUGAAAGGCAGCUUUGGAUAUCUAGAUCCUGAAUACUUUCGGUGCCAGCGACUCACCAACAAAUCGGAUGUGUACUCCUUUGGGGUUGUUUUGUUUGAGGUUCUCUGCGCACGUCCAGUAAUAAACACCAGUCUUCCCGAGGAGCAAGUGAGCCUGCGUGACUGGGCGCUGUGCUGCCAGAAGGAAGGUGUUCUCGGUGAGAUCAUCGACCCCUAUCUUGUUGGCAAAAUCACGCCAAGGUGCUUCAAGAAAUUUGCAGAGACUGCGGAGCAGUGUGUCGCUGAACGGAGCAUGGAUAGGCCAUCUAUGGGUGAUGUUCUGUGGAACCUCCAGGUCGCACUACAGCUGCAGCGGGGUGCAACAGAUCUGACGGACGAGUGGUACCACUCCGAGGAGACACCAUUGUUGACGAACUGGGUACAACCAUCUUCAGGCUCAGUGAUGAGCAUGUCAGGACAGAAAGCCGUAUUCUCGGCGCUCAUGCAUCCAGAUGGCCGGUAAGACAGAACUGCUGUUUAAUGAGGACUUCUAUUUAUCAUCUGCUGGUUCUGUGAAGCUGGCAGAUUCACAUUUACAGGUCGUUUGCCCCUUGUGUACUAGCAAGUGUGUUGUUGAACCGUUCCAUAAACCUGUGUGCGCAUUGUACAUUCUGGUUACAUUCCUAACUGAUCAUAUCCUCAGUUGUUGUACUGGUAUAUGCACCACCAAUGAUGUAUUCUUACUGUUGAAAAAACUUGAGU